AGGGAGCUCUGCACAAAACAAGCAGGGGAUGGAUUAGGGACAACUCCUCCACAGGGAGCUCAGCUCGUCAGGGGUCUUCUACCAAACCCAGGGAGCUGUUUUUUGCAAGGAUGGCUUUACAGAGUCAGAGCAAUUCUACAGGGACAACUUGAGAAAAAAAAUCCACUCUGGGGGUGCUUUUAUCAAACUGUUGAUGGUAAAUUCAGAAAGUUCCCAAAAUUAUAGCAGGGCCAUCUGUUGACAUGAACCCCUCAAGAGGAGCAGGUAAGAAGAAGCCUCAAAAAGGCAGGUGCCCAACUGUUAAAGGCAAAAUUAGAGGGAGUUACAACCCAGACAAUAUCAGGAGUCUGAAGCUGUUUCUGUUUUACAGCUGUUUCCUUUUUACAUCAUUUACUGAUCUUCAUCCAGCUCCUGUUUUCUCAUCUAGUCACGAAGGCAGCAGGAGAAAGCAGGAAGCUGAAUAGGAUGUACCUUGAACUUGGACACCACUGUAACAACAGGUGCUCUGUUCUGGGUUUUGAUGUUAUUCUGGUUUUUCUGUCACAGGAAAUAAUUUUUGAAGCAAGGAGUCCUUAGAGUUCUGCAAAACGUGGAGCAGCUCUGGUGGAACAGCAUCCUGCAAACACAGACAUUAUGUGUCAGAAUGUGGACUUGGGCAGACACUGCCACCUCUGCAAAUGGCUAAAAACUCCACAAAAAUAGAGGGAACAGGAUUGCUGAUGCCAACUUCAAUUUAACCACAGCUGCAGUUCCAAAUCUGACCACGUCCAUUCAUUCGCAGUCAGAUUUGGGAACAGAAAACAAUGUUUGCCUGAAUAUUUAGCAGAUCCUGUCAAAUGUGUGACUGCUCCCAACACUGUUCUUGUUGCACAGAUUGUGUGAGCCAGAACUGGUUUAAAAGGGCAGUCUGCAGCAAACAUUAGAAACUCUGUUAGAAACACUCCUUUUAAUUAAGAGAUGGUGUUUUAUUGCAUCACCUAUUUUACUUAUUCCCUGAUGGCACAACAAGGCCAAAAUUUGAAUACUUCCAGAAUUCCCAGGAAAGUCCAUGCUCUUGUUUCUCAUAAACUUACCUGAUUUUUUUAGGGGAAAUGAAGCACUCUAUUUAUGGUUAUAAAAAGGCCCUGAUGCCAUUAACAGUUCUGCAUCUCCCAGGAACAGGAGAGGCCCUGAUUUGGUGAUGGUCCACUUAAUCCUCAGCUGAAAGCUCUAACAAAAGCAACUGUUUGUGCCAGGGAUGGACUGAAAACCAGACCAAGAACAUUACCCAGCUUUCCACGGCCUGAAGGAUUUCUCUGGAGCGAGAAUUUGGCAGCCAGCGGUACUCAGCCCCUUCUGGAAGGUUCCACUCCAGCCUUUCCUCUGCAGUAGCACCUUUGGUGAUCUGGAGACAGAAAACAAGUUUGGACAAACAGGAAAGAUCUGUGGUCUGACGGCAUCGGAGCAGCCAGUGCUUUUGGGAAGGCUGUGACUCAGAGAAGUUUGUACUGCAGCAGAAACGAGAUAGGCUGCUGUCCCCUUCCUGCUUCCUCUGGAAAACUGUGGAGCCAGCCCAAGAGGAAGAAAGAAGAAUGUCCCAAAAACAGCUGAAAGAAGCCUUUAUCAGCAACCUGAACGGGACCAGUUUGCUGGAAAUUUCCGUGGGCUUGUCCCUGGCUCCGCUGUGCCUGCUCUGCAGAGGGCUCCUCCUGAUCCUGUACCACCUGCACUGUGGAAAACCUGUAAGUUCAAGGAAAUACAGCCUGCUGCUGGACUUCCUGGUGCUGGUGUCUCCUCUGCUGUUCUCCUGCACCGUCUUGUCUCCAGUCCUCUUUCUCAUGCCAGUUAUCCUCGCUGCCUUCUGCGCCGGAAUAUUUUCCAAAAUAUGCAGCCAAAGAAAACAGGAGAGCAGAGUGUCCUUUGGGCAAGUUGUAAAGGAGUUCCAGCAGACACACUUGGACCCCGAGUACAUCCCAGCAAUAACCGCGUUCCGUGUCUAUGUCAAUGUGCUGACGUGCAUCAGCAUUUUAGCCGUGGAUUUCCCGCAGUAUCCCAGGCGAUACGCCAAAGCCGAGACCUACGGCACGGGAGUUAUGGACCUGGGGGUGGGAGCUUUUAUCUUCGGCAACGCCCUCGUUUGUCCCGAGGUUCGACAGAGGUCCCGUGAGACACAGCCCAAGUUUUCCAACCUGGCCAGGCAGUUCUUUUCCAUCUGGCCCUUGGUUUCCCUGGGCGUUGGGCGGCUGCUGAGCGUUAAAUCCAUAGAGUACCACGAGCACACGUCGGAGUACGGAGUGCACUGGAAUUUCUUCUUUACCUUGGCAUUCGUGAGACUUGCAGCAUCUCUGCUUUUAGCUGUGUUUCCUAAAAAUAAGCCUUGGAUUGUGGCUCUAACUCUGGCUGCACUUUAUCAGCUCUUUCUCAACACUACCUCUCUGAAGACGUUUCUCCUGCAUGGGAGCAGCGGCAGGGACAGCAGGGUUGGGUUUCUGGAUGCCAACAGGGAAGGGCUGCUCUCCCUCGUUGGGUAUCUGGCCAUUUACCUGGCGAGUGUGCAGGUGGGGCUGUGGCUGCUGAAGUGCAGGGGCUCAGUGAGGGGCUGGCUUGGGGCUCUGCGGGUUCUGGCCCUGGCGGUUGUGGUGCUGUUCGUGUCCCUCCACGUGUCCCAGGCGCACACGGACCCCGUGUCCCGCCGGAUGGCCAACCUGUCCUACUGCCUGUGGGUCAUUGCCCACUGCCUGAUGUUAUUUAUCUUCUUUGUGGCCACCGAUCUCACCUUGGUGUUCACAAAGCUGCUGGUGAAGGGCUCCAGCGUGCCCUGCAGCUGGAGCGUCGUGAGGCCCCCUAAUUCCAACAAAAAGCUGGGAACGGAGGCUGCGCCGGUGGGAAGGGAAGAGGAGCUGCCACACCUUUGCCUAAUUAGUGCUAUUAACAAAAACCAGCUGCUGUUUUUCUUGCUGGCAAAUGUCAUGACUGGUGCUGUGAACGUCCUGGUGGAUACAAUCCACAGCAAGGCUGCCUUUGCACUCUGCACAUUGCACUUGUACAUGUUCCUGAACUGUUUAAUUGUGUCUAUACUGCACGCCAAAAAUAUAGUAUUAAAGUUUUGGUGAUUCCACUCUUGAGUGGACUAGUUGAGUGAUGGUAUUUAAGGGAAAAAUCAGUAUUUUUCCUGUAUGUAUUGCAAUAAUUUAUCAUUUAGUAUAGAUUUUUAUUCUUUAGUAUUGGUUAUUUUUUAAUGGUCCUUUUCACCAGAUUAUACAGGCAAUGCUGUUACCUGUUGGAAGUUGUUGCACAUUUUCCUGAAAACUUAGUUUUUGAGAUUGCUGAAUAUUCCUGCUGCUCCUAGGAGUAAAUUGUAUUUACAGUUAGUGAACUGUGCUCGUACCCAAGGGCUGGUGGAAUUAGAUAACAAUGUAUGGAGGAGAAGCCAGAUGAAAAGUAAGAAAAUGAGUAAUUAUAGAGAGAGAGAGACUUAGCUGUGUCAAGAUUUACCUAGUUAAGGCCCUUGCAUAAAUAAUAGAUAAGAAUAAUUCUUUAUACAAAAUGUAUUGAAUAAGUGGAUACUUAAAAAUGUUUUUGGCCCCAGUCCUGCAAGGAUUUAUGCAUAUGCUUGACUUUGAUGGUAGUAAUUGUAUGUGGAAUGUUAAUCACACACCGAAAUCUAAAUUAGUCUUUGAAUUAAGGCUAAAUUUUAUUUCCAUCCUCACUGAUGAAUACAAAUGAAGACCCUGGAUAAAGUGUGAUGCUCUGAAGGAUAAACUCUACUGCAGAUGAAUUCAGAAAGCAGUUGAACGCUGUUUGGACAGCAGAGAUGUCUUCAAGGGGGAAUAUUUGGUAUUAAUUUUUCUUAGCAAACAAACAGGGUGCAGAUGGAAAGACGGUGAUGCAGUGGCAGGGCCUUGACAAGAGAUGUGCUCGGUUUGUCUCUCUCAGUCUUCCUGCAAGGCCAGAGCAGAACAUCCUCUUUGUUCCCUUUCUUAACUGUGACAGUUCUUCCUGAUCUCAUAAAGAUGCUGAGAAGAGAAAUAUAUUUAAAGAUUGUGAGGAAUUCAGUAAUGGGAUAUAAAUACUUUAGAAUACAAAUGGUAGUUGAUGAUAGAUGGCUGAUGUCAGUCCAGUUACAGCAGUGCACAUGGGCCAUAUUUCAUAUUUCUCCUGUCUAUCAAAUGUGAUGAACCAUAAAACCUUUGGAGAUUAAGCCUCUAAAUCAGAUUCCUUAAGGCAGCCAUGCUGUGGAAGAUUCCUAAACUUAUGAGGUUCUCUUAGCCCCUGGCCAGCAGAAAGGUGAAGCCUGAGGAUUACAGGCUGUGGCCAUGCUGAGUUCCUGCUUGUUUGCUUCCAAGUGAAAGCCAAGUAGUGUUCAGAAUUAAAGAAAUCCAGCCUGGUUUAUCCUGGGGACAAAUUCAGUAAUUGGCAGCAAUGUCUUAGAAACAGUCGUGUGUUUACAGCAGUUUUCUGGUAACUGGUGGAUGUAUUUAUUUUAAAACACUCUCUGGCCUUGCCUAGGGAAGAAAGGCCUCCCUUGGUGAACUGAAUGGCACAACUUCUUUAUGCAAAACUACUCAUGGAUAUUAAUUUUUGGAACAUUUCAAGCCCGAGCCCUGCGCUGAGUUCUGCCUGUGAGCACAAGUCUGGUGGGUGAUUCAGAACCGAGGCAUUCACAGGGUGUGACGAGCAGGGCUGUGCCUGGACAAGCACAAGCUGCCCAGGUGCCAAGCACUCCUGGGGAGGCAGAAAUGCCGUGGGAGGUCUGGUGUGUCUGUGCAGAGCCCUGGGAGCUCCACACAGGCAGGGGCAUGGUGGGUGCCAGUGCCAGGGUUGGAGCCAGCAAAGCAAGGGGGUCUGGUUGGACAUCAGGAGGAAUUUCUUCCUGGAAAGGGUGGUCAGGCAUGG